CUGGGAUUAGAUGUAUAUCGUUUUCUGCUUUUGGAAAAACAUUAUAUCACAAUCAAUACCAGGAUAUUGCUUUCCAUAAUACACAUAUCUGUUACUCAAUUCCAUGUUAAAUAUAUCACCACGCUGAGUCUCGGACUAUCAACAUUUAAAUAUAAACUACAGCCUUUUCUUUCUUCAUCAUUCUGGUCUCAGCGAUCAUGGCUGGUUUUGCAGUUCUAGUAGCGCUGGCAGUGGUUUCUGCUGCUCAACACCAAGUGCAUGGGAUUGGGGGUUGUGAUGUUUCUCGUGGAAUUUGGGUUCAGGAUGAUUCAUACCCUCUGUAUGAAGCUUCAAGCUGCCCUUUCAUUGAGAAGGAGUUUGACUGUGUAAAGAAUGGUCGCCCAGACAAGGACUACCUCAAAUAUAGAUGGCAGCCUCUUGGCUGUAACUUACCAAGAUUCAAUGGAAUUGAUUUUUUGAGGAGGCUGAGAGGGAAGAGCAUCAUGUUUAUUGGGGAUUCAUUGAGUUUGAACCAAUGGCAAUCACUCACUUGCUUGCUUCAUACGGCAGCUCCAACUGCUGAAUACACAUCAGUUCGAUCUGGAGGGCUCUCCACAUUCACAUUUCCGGAAUACAAUGUUAAGGUGUUGUUCUCCCGUAACGCCUUUCUCGUGGACAUAGUUGGCACAAGUGCUGGGCGACUCCUCAAACUUGACUCAAUCUCACUUGAAAACCAGAAACUGUGGACAGGAGUCGACGUUAUGAUCUUCAACACAUGGCAUUGGUGGCUUCACACCGGAAGAAAGCAACAAUGGGAUCUUAUUGAAGAAGGGGGAAAGAUAAUUGGGAAAGACAUGGAUAGGUUGGUUGCAUAUGAGAAGGCUCUCAACACUUGGGCAACUUGGGUAGACUCCCAUGUAAACCCUGCAAAAACCAAGGUCUUCUUCCAGGGUGUUUCCCCAGAUCAUUCUAAUUCAUCAGAUUGGGGUGAUAGAAAAUCAGGAAGCUGCAAUGGACAAACAGAACCCCUUCCAGGUCCAAGCUAUCCUCAUGCGCAUCCAGCAGAGAAAAUAGUAGAGAAAGUAUUAGGCGCCAUGUCAAAGCCAAUCCAAUUGCUUGAUGUCACAACUCUUUCACAACUAAGAAAAGAUGGGCACCCCUCUUUCUAUGGCCUUGGUGGGCACAGAGCCUCUGACUGCAGCCAUUGGUGUUUAGCUGGAGUUCCUGAUACUUGGAACAUUCUUCUUUAUGCAGCUCUUGCAGAAAGUUAAUUUAUUUGUUAAUUUUUUUUAUGGUCAAAGAAUAAGAUUCUGGA